AGCCAAGAUCUUCCCAACCAGUCCGGCAGUCCACGCCUCCUCUGCUGCCCCCCUCCUAUUUGGCUGGAGGAUGGAGCGGCGGGACUUGCUCUCGGCGACCGUCCUGGCCGUCCUCCUGGCCACCGGCAUCGCCGCCACCACGGCCGCGAAAACGGCCACCUCCCAGCGGCACAAGCCGCGGCGGCCGGUGCCGGCGGCCGUCUCGUCGUGCGACGUGUACAAUAAGGGCAGCUGGGUGGCGGACGAGUCGUACCCGCUGUACGACGCGGCGAGCUGCCCCUUCGUCCGCAAGGAGUUCGACUGCCGCCGCAUGGGCCGCCCCGACACGACGUACCUCAAGUACCGGUGGCAGCCCACCCCGCCCUGCUCCCUCCCAAGGUUCGACGGGCUGAAGCUUCUGAGCACGUGGCGCGGGAAGACGGUGGCGUUCGUGGGCGACUCGCUGGUGGUGAACCAGUACGAGUCGCUGCUGUGCAUGCUCCACGCCGCCGCGCCGGGCGCCCGGACCAACGCGUCGUGGGCGUCCGGGGAGAGCCCCUCGAUCACCGUCCGUUUCGAGGACUACGGUGUGACUCUGGUGUACUACUUGUCGCAUUACCUGGUCGACCUCGUCCACGACAAGGCCAGGCGCAUCGCCCUCAAGCUCGACACGGUGGACGAAGGCCGCAAUUGGCUCGGCGCCGACGUGCUCGUCUUCGGCUCCUGGCGUUGGUGGGCGCGCAAGAGCUGGGACUACAUCCAGGAUGGCAACACGGUCGUGCAGGACAUGGACCGGACCCAGGCCUUCACCAAGGGCCUGCAGACCUGGGCCAGAUGGGUCGACGCCAACCUCCUCCAGGCCAGCACCAAAGUCUUCUUCCAGGGAUACUCUCCCAAUCACCUCAACGGCCAGGAAUGGGGGGCGCCUUGGGGCAAGACGUGCGUGGGGGAGACGAUGCCAGUGAACAACACCGCGGCAUACCACGGCCAACCCAACCCGCAGGACGCGAUCGUGAGGAGAGUCCUGGCCGGCAUGACGAAGCCGGUGCACCUGCUGGACAUCACCUUCAUGUCGCAGCUGAGGAAGGACGGCCACACUACCAAGUACAACGGGGACAUCCAAGGUGGGGACUGCACCCACUGGUGCGUCGCUGGUGUACCUGACACCUGGAACACAGUCUUCUACUCUGUUCUUGCCGCCGGGAAUUCACUACGGUAUUGAGCUAGCAUGUGCAGUUGGAUGAUGAAAGGAAAACAUGUAUCGGACUCAUUUAUUUGUUGAGUUUAGAAUAAUAUUAAUUUAUUGGGGCCAAAGGAUUUUUCAGCUUAAAGGUUAUGCGACAGACAUAGAUGUGCAACAAUGCAAGAUAGUGUAAUUGUCAACCUAGGAUAAUGGUGUAAAUGUAAGCCGUUUAUAUAUUGAUACUGCAUUCUUGUCGCAUAUAUGUUGCAUUAGACGUGAAGUAUAAGGACAUGUAGUGAUCAAGAGGAGCA